CUUCUGUGGACAACUCUCAAUGCCAAUCUUUGGCCAAUCUGCGUCUCGAUCGAUGCCGCGACCGCAAUUUGCAUUCGAACUGCUCUUACUGCUCCACCUUGCAGACUAAUCCUUUCCCUCGGCUCGCGAGGGCAGAGAAUUUGGCUGAAUUCGAGCGAGUAUCGUAGAAGUUUGCCAUUCCAGGCGGAGAUUCUACGCUCUUGAAGCCAGUGCUCCGGGUUGUUGCAGAGUCAGGAGUUUGUAAAUGGUAUCAAGUACAACUCGUGGCGAAGCUGUGAGAGCUUAGGGGCCGUGUGAGACAGUGUUUUGGGCAUGGCGAUAUGCGUUUUGAUUCCCGCACGGCCGUUGACUCGCGGUGCAACGCGAAUACAUGAUAGUCGUGGACUGUCGAGCGGACCCAGCAGUGGCAUAGCAAGAUUUUGCAGCAGCGAUGGAGAGCUGGUGUCGGUAUUGUUCAAGAACAGGGUUGCAUUUGGACGUGAACUAGGGUUUACUAGCCAAGGGAUGCCAGUUUUUUCGCGAAAACGAAGAGUGAUUGCAACGGCUCAAGAGAGAGAUGAAGACAGGCUGCAAGGAGGUGGCGAGAAGCCGUUCUAUGCAGCGAUUGAGUUUUGGAUUCAGGCUGCUCUUGUUGUCGUUGCUUUUGGAUUUGUUGACGCUGGGUAUAGUGGAGAUUGGUCGCGUAUAGGAGCCCUUUCACCCGAGACCGAAGCACAACUGCGAACAGCUGCGUACUUUGUUGUCCCUUUCUCUGCAUCAGUAGUUUGGGCUAUUGGUAAGCGUAAGAACACAUCGUAAGAUUCCACUUAAGGUGCUGAAGUAGGUAUGACAUUUGUACUACUGAAAUUAGCUUGGAAAAGCCCUUGUGAGAGUUUUGUACCCGAUUUGAUGCUGUGACAAGUUCCCUAGUUCGCAGUAGCAUUGUAACGUCCAAGGAUACCCACAUUUGGGAUGUGUUGUAGGUGAAAGUAUGCAGCACAACUCAUGACAUCACAACACCGUUUACGAGUCGAAUCUGAGCCUUGUUAAUUUUAUUUUAAAUUUUUACAAGGAGAGGAUAGUUGUUUUAAGACAGUUUCUGUCAUACAGAAAUGAUCCAACUUCAUCAGUAAUUGUCCAGUUA